AUGCCACAACGAUUUUUCCUCGCCAUGUCUUUUAAAUUCUCUGCUCUGUUAUUGGCUUUGAUGGCCUCCGUCCAAGCCAUUCAAGUCGCAAACUUGAAUGUUUCUGAGAGUAUUGCUAGCAAAUACGGUUGUGACUCGACCUGCUACAAGAAUUUUCAGGAAGGUCUAGCUGUGGAUGCCGCUUCUUACGGCUCAAUCUAUGACACAACUUUCUAUGAGACCGCUCAUAACUUUUCCAACUCAGAGCCCGGCGAUGCUCUUAAAUUAGAGCCCAUCAAUGCCACUCUCCUCCACGAUGUCCCGAAGGGUACAACUGCCUACAGGUUCCAAUACGUUUCAAAGGAUCUCGAUGGCAAGAAGAUUCCGGUUACCGGUUUCAUCGCUUUCCCGUACGCCAGUAGGUUGAACGGCCAUGUAUACCCUGCAAUCGCCUAUGGUCACGGAACAUCCGGUGUGUUUCGAGGUUGUGCACCAUCGGCUAUGCCAAGCUUGUAUGAGUAUGGCAGCUGGGCCGUUUUAGUUUCGCGUGGAUAUGCAGUCAUUGCAACAGACUAUGCCGGGCUCGGGAACAACUACACCGCACCUCAAUACCAAGCUUCACCAGCACAGGCUCAUGACUUGUACUACUCCUUUGCUGCAGCUCGAAAGCUAUUUGGUCACGCGCUCACGACCGAGUGGAUGAGUGUCGGCCAUUCCCAAGGAGGCGGUGCAGCUUGGGCUCUUGCGGAGAGCUCUCUGCUGCAGAAAAACCCUCUGUCACUAGGCAAGUACCUUGGUACGGUUGCUCAGGCACCUGGAGUUCGAAUGCAAGACAUGGCCCUUGCUGCUAUCCAGAGCACGUCUCCAUCCGGUGAUGCUUCGGCUCGUGGUGUUCUUGCAGAAGCUGGAUGGCUCGCUCUCGGCUUGCGAAGCAUUCUUCCUAAAGACCGUCAAACUUGGUUAGAGCCUCCUUUUCGGAAGCGUCUUGAGCUCGCGACACUCGCCCAAGCAUGCUACGCCUCAAUGAAAUCAUUAGUUGCGGACCUUGAUGUUACCGACAUGUUCAACAUCUCAGACCCAAGCUUUCACUUUGCCUUGGAGAAAAUGCAAAAUAUCACCGCCAGGGGCGAAGGCAAAAGUCCCCAGCCUGUCUUUAUUGUACAGGGACUUUCCGACGUUUCGGUGCUUCCGCAAAUGGUCGAGACCGCAUACAAUACCAGCUGUCAAUCUGGAAAUGAGAUUCACUUACAAACGUAUCCUGGAAUCGACCAUGACCCAGUGAUUCCUGCUUCGGCUCCCAGUUUCCUCCAGUGGGUUGACGAUCGUUUCGAUGGCGUCAAGACAAACGGCCGAUGCAGUUACAAGACGGUUCAACCAUUUGACUCUAUCAACAUGUACGCUCCGAGCGACGCAGCUAACUAG